AUUUAAUAUGUUAAUUCUGCCAACUGUGCCAAAACCCAUACAUCAUAGCCAUGAACAAGUUCACUACUCUAGCAGUUAUCUUCUGCGCCUGCAUCGUAGGCAGCUGUUAUGCCAACUACGGUGGCCCACAGAGCUACGGACCCCGAAGCUACGGUCAGGAUAGCUCUGCUGCCUCGGCUGCCAGUUCAGCUGCUGCCGCCGGAAACGAGGGUCAGCAGCGUUAUGAGCGCCCCGUGGAGAUCAUUGCCGGAGGACCUCGUGGUGGUUAUGGACCCGAGAUUCUGCGUCCCAUCCAGAUCAGCGGAGGAUAUGGCGGUGAGCGUCGUGGAUACGGAAACGGUGGCAACUACCGCCGUGGUGGCUAUGGACCCAGGUGGACUGUCCAGCCUGCUGGCGCCACUCUCCUCUAUCCCGGCCAGAACAACUACAAGGCUUAUGUCUCGCCCCCGGAGUACAGCAAGGUGAUCUUGCCCAUCCGCCCUGCCGCCCCAGUGGCCAAGCUGUUCAUCCCCGAGAACCAGUAUGGCAACCAGUACGGUAGCCAAUACGGUGGACAACGUAGCAGCGGCUACUAGGCACAUACAAGAUCCCAGCCAACAUGGCGGGUACUUGAUCUCAGCCUGAUAGUGUAAAUAAUAAACUACAAGAAAAAAAUCAUAA